AAGCUUUGAUCGCGUGAUGCGUGGUGUUGUGUGAUAACAGGGCCAGAACAUGGCUACGCGAAAAACCCUUCCUCUCUGCCGUAUAUUUUCACUUCUUCGAAAUAACGGUUCUAGGAUUUCAUGAUUUAUGCGAAGAGAAAUCAAACAUUCUAACCCUAACGAUCUCUACUUUUUUUGUUCUUUCCCAUUUGAUCACCCUUUUUCUUCUUGUUUUUUUCGGCUGAUUUCACUGUAAAUAUAUUCUGAUAGAGGUAGAGAGAUGCGAGAGUUAGUGAAGGUGUUGUACAUAGUAGUAGUGGACGAAGAUGAGAAGAAUGGUAAGGAUACGUCGUCGUUUCGAUACACUCGUUCCGUUCUUCAGAGUACUCUCCAACUCAUGGGCUGCAAAGCUCGUCAUGCUUUCAAGAUUAGCCAGAGGGUUUUUGAAUUGAUAAGAAAUGAACCGUUUUAUGACUCUCUCCUUCAUGAGGGAAGUGAAACAUUAAGUUCUGAUGGUCUCAAAGGGAACUCUGAGAAGGAAGAUGUUCGAUCCACCAAUGGUGGCUUUCAUCGAGCAGAGGCAGGAAUCUAUUUAGUUUCAGAUAAAAAUGAUCGAAAUAAGAGUAUACCAUUCGAGUUGUACAAAAGGCGCACGUCAGUUAUUGUUAGAAGGGAAACUUUCUUUGAUGUUGUUUGUGAAACUCUGUCUGAAUAUAAGUACGUGGGCCCUAACCAGAGAGCUGACUUGGUUUUGGCAUGCAGAAUACGAGAGAGGAAGGAAUCUGUAACUGUGCUGUUGUGUGGUACUAGUGGUUGUGGAAAAUCUACUUUGUCUGCUUUGCUGGGUGGUAGGUUGGGAAUUACAACUGUGAUUUCAACCGACUCCAUUCGCCACAUGAUGAGGAGUUUUGUGGAUGAGAAGGAGAAUCCUCUACUUUGGGCUUCAACUUAUCAUGCUGGGGAGUGCUUGGAUCCUGUGGCAGUUGCAGAAGCAAAGGCUAAAAAAAGGGAAAAAAAGUUGUCUGGCAUUGCUCAAUCACUUGUUAGGGACGAAGAAGCUGAUGGUUCUUUUUGCAAGGGGGGCCGGGCAAUGGAUUGUGGUUCUACUAAUACCGACUUGAUCAGUUCCAAACAGAUGGCAGUUGAAGGGUUCAAGGCACAAAGUGAGAUGGUAAUCGACAGUCUAGACAGACUAAUUACUGCAUGGGAAGAGAGGAAAGAGUCUGUGGUUGUUGAGGGUGUUCACCUAAGCCUUAAUUUUAUUAUGGGGCUUAUGAAGAAACACCCUUCAAUCAUACCAUUCAUGAUUUACAUUACAAAUGAAGACAAACACUUGGAAAGAUUUGCAGUUCGUGCGAAGUACAUGACGUUGGACCCUGCUAAAAAUAAGUAUGUAAAGUAUAUAAGGAAUAUCAGGACGAUACAGGAUUAUCUAUGUAAACAAGCAGACAAGCAUUUGGUCCCCAAAAUAAACAACACAAACGUUGACAGAAGCGUGGCAGUCAUACAUGCCACUAUUUUCAGUUGCCUCCGCAGGUAUGAAGCUGGGGAGCCACUUUAUGAUCCUAUAACAAACACUGUUGCAGUGGUUGAUGAGGAGUAUCGGAGCAAGUGUGCUGCCAAUUCACUAAGCUCCAAGGGAAUGUUUCAGUUGAUCCAGAGGAAUGGUUCUUGUAGGCAACUGAUGGCCCUUCUUAACACUGAUGGUUCUGUAGCAAAAGCUUGGCCAGUUGAAUUGGUUGAUAGUAAUGGAAAACCUAUAUCUGGCCAUGGGACUGCGGGUGGAAUAGGCAUUCCCUUGUAUGGACCAUUAAAAUUUGGCAGGGCUGAACCUGUUAAUCUUCAAUUCGGUCACUUUGGAAUUAGUGCCUGGCCUAGUGAUGGUGGUACAAGCCGUGCUGGAAGUGUGGACGAAUCAAGAUAUGAUGGUACCGAUAAUGGUAGUAGGUACGAAUCUUCUUGCUGUAGCUCACCAAGGAUGUCCGACGGUCCGGCAAAAGAGCUGAAGGAGGAAAAUUCAGUGUAUGACAGUGAUGAAGAAGUUGACGAUCCACCUGAGGUAGACAGUGAUGAGGAUAUUUGUGAUGACGGUGACCAAGAGGUCCAUGAGGAGGUAGGAUCUGUGGAUGAAGGCUCGACAAAGUCGGAUGAAGAGUACGAUGAUUUGGCAUUGCAAGAUGUGAUGAAGAAUGGCUACUUCCCUGAUGAUGAAGAAUUCCAUCAUGAUAAGAUAGUGGCAUUUUGUGGGGAUCAAUUGACAUUCCCUAGAACUAGAAGUAUAAGGAAACAGUUUUCGGAGCCCCAAAGCUCUUGGUCUUCCGUCCUUUCGGAGAAGAUGGAGAAGGGAGUGGCAGCUUUUGGCAAUGGUAAAAAUAAAGUGCGAAAACGAUCCCUCAGCAUUUCCACCUUGGGGAAACGUGGGUCCAUAAUUGGCGAUCCCAUGCUUUUUGGGGCCCAUGAGAGAUAGAUAGCAACACGCUACUAAUAGUUUAGUUUGAUGUUAACUUUUAUGGCUCGUUAGUUUCUGGGUAAUUUAAUCCUAGUUGCUAUCACUGUGUUGUGAUGCUUCGGAAAUGACAAUGACCUUUCCUGUUAUUUUUUUUUUCUUUUCAGCGAUUUAAUGUUAGUUUUUGGUUUUUGAU